CAAUCAUGAGGAGUGAUUCAGAUAAUGCAUAAAUCCGAUUGUUCAUAUUGCAUGCACACUUUUAUAUGUUGAUUUCAUGCAUUCUUGAGAUUAUCCUGAUGAUUUAGUGAGGAGACGUUAUCAUAACUUUGUGGCAUGUUUGAUUUGUGGAUUAUGAUAAGAAAGGUACUGGACACAGUAUUUAAAUUGAAAUAUAGAUUUGGAACGAGGCAGUGGUUCGUUUUAUGUGUUCGAGAGAAGCUCGAUUGUUAAAAUGCUAAAUUCUUGCUUAUUUCUGGGCGCUCUGUUGCUCCUCGGAUUCGGAGAGGAGGCGAAAUCAGUAGCUCCGAAAAAUCAGAUCCGUGCCUUAUUUCCUGACAACUUCCGGUGGGGGUUUGCCACUGCGAGCUACCAAAUUGAGGGGGGUUGGGAUGCGGAUGGAAAAGGUGAGAAUAUUUGGGACCGAUUUACUCACACUCCCGGAAAUAUUGCGGAUAACAGCACUGGGGAUGUAGCUUGCGACAGUUAUCACAAUUAUGCUCGAGAUGUUGAGAUGUUGAAAGACAUUGGGGCUGACUACUACCGAUUUUCCCUGUCAUGGUCCAGGAUCCUUCCAAACGGUACGCUUGCUGUGGUUAGCGAGGCAGGAAUCGCGUAUUACAACAAUUUGAUCAAUUUGCUCAUUGCCAACAACAUCGAACCCAUGAUCACUCUUUAUCACUGGGACUUGCCUCAACCUCUCCAAGACAUUGGUGGUUGGCCGAAUGAAGCUCUGAUCCCACAUUUUGAAAAUUUUGCUAGAUUAGCAUAUCAACGAUUUGGAGAUCGCGUUAAGCUAUGGAUAACUUUCAACGAAGCGUUCGUGACUUGCAUGCACGGUUAUGGUUAUGGCAAGCACGCUCCAGGAAUUUCAGGAGAAGACACGGAACCUUAUAAAUGUGCCCACACGAUUCUCAAAAGCCACGCUAGAGCUUAUCGAAUGUAUUACGACGAGUUUUUCCAGGCUCAAAACGGUCGAGUUGGAAUUACCAUCGACUCCGGCUGGUACGCCCCAUUGGAUCCAAACAAUCCAUCCGACGUGGAAGCAGCCGAAAGAGCUGUUCGAUUCAAGCACGGAUGGUUUGCAUGGCCUGUAUUUUAUGGUCAUUAUCCAGACGAGAUGAGAAUUUUUGUUGACAAAAAGAGUGAGGAGGAAGGUCUGGAUCAAAGCCGUCUUCCAGAAUUUGACCGAUACUGGGAAACCCAAGUCAAAGGAUCGUGGGAUUUCCUCGGGUUAAACCAUUACACCACAGAACUUUGUACAUAUAAGGUCGGGGAGUAUUCUGGUUGGAGUCAAGACCAAGAUGUAGGAUUCUCUCGAGAUCCAACAUGGCCAGAAUCUGCCAGUGACUGGUUGAGAUCCGUUCCCUGGGGCUUUGGAAAUCUGUUGAGAUGGAUCAAACGCAAUUAUGGAAAUCCACUCGUUUAUGUAACGGAAAACGGGUGGUCAGAUUCUGACGCGGUCGGUCUCGAGGAUGAUUUGAGGGUGGAAUAUUACACAAAUUACACGCAAUCCAUGUUGCAAGCAAUUACAGAAGACCGUUGCGAUGUGCGAAGCUACACGGCGUGGAGUCUUAUGGACAACUUUGAAUGGGCGAGAGGCUACUCGGAGCGUUUCGGCGUGCACUGGGUCAACUUUACUGACCCAGCUCGACCAAGAAUUCCAAAAAAAUCGGCAGCUUUCCUGAAACAAUUGUUUGCCGACAAUGGUUACCCAGGCCCAGAUGUAAACAGCUCCGCCGAAUCUAAGCAUUGGAAGAUAUUGUCAUUUACAUAUUUCAUUUUAAUUAAAUUUAUGCUCGGUUGACACUAGUUUCAUCAAAAUCCGUGAGCAUACAUUGGGAAACCUCCACUGUCAAAAUAUUUUCUGCGUAGUACUUAAAUAUGACCUAUUUCUCGAAUUUUAGCUUUCUACAACCAUUUAGAAUAUUCUCCGACUUAUACUUGAGAAUCGCACCGGUCAAUUAUUUGACUGAUCUUAUCCAUCUUCGAAAUAAGUGUGACUCUAGUCCGGGGUCAAUUUUUCGAUCAAUUUUAUAUAUAUUAUUAUUGAAAUAUUCACAAAAGUUAAAGUUUGACAGAGGGUCAGCACUUAUCAAAUGGUCAAUGAAUCCUAUAUGCAACAACCAUAAAUUAUAAUCGUCGCCCUGAACUUUUUCAUGUAAAAAGAAUGAAUGUUAUGUCCAGAUUUCGUGCUCAAA